AUGGCCGACGAAAACUCUAUAGUCGUUAUACUUAACGACCGCUCGAAUGAGCUUAUCGUCGAGGUAUCAAAUCAGAUAUGUGCGCAUUACUUGAACAUUGAUAUUCCGACGUCCAUGGAAUAUUUACAAAGAAUUGAAUUAAAAAAGAAGGUCGCAAACUGCUUUUUUAUUUUUCGGUCUGCUUUGAUUUGGUCACGUCAAGAGACUUGGAAAUGUACUAAUUCAGGGUGUCUUCUCCAUAUGUUGCUCGAUCGGAGCGGAUGUUCUAAAUUGGCUUCUAAGAUUUGGGAUCAAGUGAAAUUAAAUAUCGAAGUCCAAAAACCGUUCAAAGACCUAUAUAACGAAUUAGUCGCUAUUAAGAAUCAACUUAACGUUACGGAUCAACUUGAGAAUCAACAAAUCUUAAUCGAAGGUUACUUUUCAUUUAACCAAAAUGGUCUUAAUACGGUAGAUCAAGGUGCACUCACAUUCCAGCAAUUACCAGUGGAUACAACUUGGCAAAACUUACAGAAUACAGAAUAUUCUGUGAACAUGGCACCAACGUUAAUCAGCAAUUAUAAUCUUCAUGACUUCAUGAUGAAUAAAUCGUAG